AUGCCUCCCAGGCUCCAAAUCCUCCCGCUCCACCUCCGGAGCAUUAUCCCUCGACCAAACCUCGCCCAACCGUCGCAAUUGUCGCUCUGCGCCCCGUCCCAAUCUCGCAAUGCACACAUCCUAGCCUCGCUCUCCGAUAACCCGGGGGCCUACAGCAAGCGCAUCCGACGAGGUCGCGGUCCUGCGUCCGGUAAGGGAAAGACGUCCGGAAGGGGUCACAAGGGUCAGGGACAGCACGGAAAGGUUCCUGCUGGAUUCAAUGGUGGACAGACGCCGGAGAUUAUCGUGCACGGCGAGAGGGGAUUCAACAACAUCUUCGCCCUGGAUCUCGCCCCCGCCAACCUCGACCGAAUCCAAGAAUGGAUUGACCAGGGCCGCAUCGACCCCACGAAGCCCAUCACGGUCCGCGAACUCGCACAGUCAAAAUGCAUCCACGGCCCCAAGGAAGGCGUGAAGCUCCUCGCCCGCGGCAUCGACUUCCCCGCCAAAUCCACAUUCAAAUCAUCAACAACACAACAGUCCUCAACAACAACAGCCACGGAAUCACAACCCCAGUCUGAAGCCCAAACAGCGGCCGCAGAAGAAGAAGCACUCGUGGACGAAAAGACCGUCCUCAAACAACCCAUCCACCUCGUCGUCUCGCGCGCCUCAGCCUCUGCAAUCGCCGCCGUCGAAGCUGCCGGCGGCUCCGUCACAACCCGCUUCUACACAAAGGCCGCCAUCACCCGCAUCAUGAAGCGCGAAACACACUCGUUCCUGUCUACACAGUGGGCCGAGGAGAGCGGGAACGCGGCCCUACACGCCGCUGCGGGUCUGGACUUCUCGUCUUCUGCCGGCGCCGCUGUCGCGGGAGCCAUGGAGACAAAGGUCAUGAGUGAGAAGGGCCUCAAGUACCGUCUUCCCGACCCUACGAAGCGUCGCGAUAUCGAGUACUACCGUGACCCUGCGCACCGGGGGUACUUGAGUCACUUGCUGAAGCCGCUCGAGGGUCCCAGUUUGUUCUUCCGCUCGCCUGUGGAGAGGAAGAGCGCGGCUGGUUCUGCGAAGAAGGAGAAGAUCUUGCCCGAGAACAGGCUCUGGUAG